ACAACCAGGAUAACCGUUCGCCAGGAAAGGUUUCACAGAACCGUUCAUACAUCCUAAUUACGCAGGACUUCUCGACACCAAGAUGACUGUUAGCUUGGAAGAGUAUUUUCGCACAACCUUCGAGGACAAACUCCUCGUAAAGAUGCCAGAGCGGGAGGAUGACCACCUGACUCCCGCCACUCGCCUCCUGGAGAAGAGGCGGGAAAUGGCAGAGGUGGAACAGGCACUAGCUGCCCAGAAAGAGGAAUUCCAAAUGAAAAUGGAAAGCCUUCAACAAAGAAGAGAAGAAUUAGAGAGAAAAGAAUAUCAGUUGAAGGAAUCUUUGUUAAAAUUUGAUAAAUUUUUAAAGGAAAAUGAUUCCAAGAGAGCAAGAGCUGUUAAGAAGGCUAAUGAUGAGAGGGAAAUGAAGAAGCAGAAAGACAAAGAUAUUCUCAGGCUGAAAGUUGAAACAGAAGCAUUAAUGCGAGAAAAAGACAAGAUCCAAACACGUUUGAUGAACCAUACAAUCUUCCACAAGUACAUGGAGAAAGUGCUGGAAUCUGGUGAAGAAUUUCACGAGAUUCGAGACAUCAUUGCCAGAUAUGACACAUUAACAGCAACUCAUGAGGACUUAAUGGAGAAGGACCAGCUCAAUCAAGAUGCUGUUGAAGCACAGAGACAACAGUUACUCAAAUACACAGAGGAAAAAAACAAUGAAAUUUUGUCCUACAACAACCAACUGGCCAGUCUUCAGACUAGGUUAGACAAAGCCCAAAGUGAGGCUGUCAAAUGGGAGUCAGUCUGGACACAUAUCAAAAAUACAGCUGCUAAAAAAACACUUCUGCUGGGCAGAAUUAAAAUGGCCACACACAACUUGUAUCAGCUUGUAAAGAAACACCAGAAACAGACAGCCCAGACUGAGGAGACCCAUGAGCAGCUGAACCAGGUUGAGUCCUUCAUCUUUGAUCUGGUGGACAUCGUCAGAGAACUGAAGCGCUCGAUGGAAGAACAGACCUCACUUUUGCCCACCACACAAAGCUAACUCCUCCCAUGUAACCCUGGUAACCCUCUCAUCUAACAAGGCUGACAUUAUACCACUCGCUCAUUUGCUCAACUUUGUCCUCGUUCAUUUGGCAAUUUUUACAGAUCCGAAUUUUCAUCCAAGACCUGACCCAAGUCACCAAUGAGAUCAAGCGUAUGGAGUUGACAGGGACUUCAAUUGUACCACCUUCAUCGAGUUAAUAUUUUAUUC